UGGAACACCGAGAGCCAUAGAUAUGAGUAGGUGGAGACACCAGCGAAAUGUAGCCACCCGAUGAAAAGACGUGCUUACGUGGCGGCCAUGUCAGAAUGGUCGACUUCCCCCUGAAAAGCACAAUGUUCCGGGAUCCUCGGUCUUUUGGCUUUCUUGCCGUCCACACACUAUGGGAUGCGCGGACGACUUUGACCUUCCUAGCUCAGCGUCGCCGUCGGCACGGAACUCCGACUGGGCGUGUCCUACCGACAAAACAGAUCUGUGGGCGGAACUUUUGAUUUCGUCGUUAGGCGCAAGCAGCAUCUCCAAACCGCUGACUGGAAACAAAGCGAUGUCAUGUUAAGUGAGGGCAACGUGCACAGAACACGCGUGUCAACAGCAGCACAAUAUGAGUGCUCCUGGUCUGCCUCUGAAAAGGAAAUGCUACAUGGGGCAGCACAAGAUCAAGAAGAAAAAGUGUGAUGAGCCAACUGACAGUGAGACGUUGCCAAGGACAACCCAUUACCUGGCAGACGCAGACGCCGGCACGACGGGUGUUGCGCUAGGAGAGUGGAGUCUUGAGGAAGACGCCCCGCGUGUGGACCCUGCAUCCGCGCAGAAGAAGGCGCACGGCAUCCAGGAAAGUCGCAGGACGGCACGGAGGGGCGCCGAGUGCCGAGACCUCGCUCAGCGGCUCCUCUUCAGCAACGACGACGACGACGACGAUUCAGCUUCGGCAGUCAUCAGCAAAGAAGCAAUCAGGGAGCAAAAGGCAGAAACGGCCACUUUUCGGCAGAAGUUUUCCUGUAACAAGGAGAAAAACGGAGAUGGCAAUGCGAAUGCAGCUGCUUGUCACGAUGUUUCCGGGGACUACAUUUUGUUCAGCGGCACGCGCACGGCCACCGCCGCCGCCGCGAAGCGGUCCGAACGCCAGCCGUCGCCGCAACAUCAUUCCGCCUCCGUGCUGACGGUUCCCAGCGGCUCCGAGCCCUGUACGCUCAGUGACAGCUUACGUCAGCCGGGCUCGGCUUUGUGCGCCCCCGACGACGCGCAAUCGGACAAGCUGUUGUUAUCCAGUUGGGGUUUACCCGCCGCGGUCCUGGCGCGUUACCACCAACUCGGACUCACCCGCAUGUUUGACUGGCAGGCUCAGUGCCUCAGCCUUGGGCAGGUCCUGCAGGGAGGUAACCUGGUCUACUCUGCUCCGACUAGCGCUGGAAAGACUCUGGUGUCUGAGUUGCUGAUGCUGAAGCGCGUGUUGGAGACUAAAAGAAAAGCGCUCUUGAUUUUGCCGUUUGUUUCUGUGGCCAAAGAGAAGAUGCACCACCUUCAGAGCGUGUUCGAAGAGGCUGGAGCGCGUGUGGACGGCUUCAUGGGAAGCACAUCAGCCGCCGGUGGUUUUGCCGCUGUGGAUGUGGCUGUUUGCACCAUAGAGAAAGCCAACUCUCUCAUCAACAGACUAAUAGAGGAAGGCAACAUGGCUUUACUCGGCAUAGUGGUGGUGGAUGAGUUGCACAUGGUCGGAGAUUCCGGAAGAGGAUAUCUGCUUGAACUUCUCUUGACCAAAAUCCGCUACGUUGCACAGAAGCGCAACACCACCGGGUCUCUUUCUGAGGGUGUGCAGAUCGUAGGUAUGAGUGCCACUUUGCCCAACUUGUCCCUCCUGGCCAACUGGCUCGGUGCAGAGCUUUACCAGACCGACUUCAGACCGGUGCCCUUGCAGGAGCAUCUGAAGGUGGGCUGCAGCAUCUACGACAAGAGCCUGUCUGUGGUUCGACAGUUUACGCCGGCGCUCCCGAUAAAGGGUGAUGACGAGCACGUCGUCAGUUUGUGUUACGAGACGGUGCGGGAAGGCCAUUCCGUCUUGCUGUUCUGCCCCUCCAAGAACUGGUGCGAGAAACUGGCCGACAGCAUUGCCAGAGAGUUCUACAACCUCAGACAUGCCGAACGUGAGGGUGACUCAGAACCCCAAGCGGUGUGCUUGGAUCAGGAAGGACGAGUGGACGUCGUAGCCCAGUUGAGUCGGACUCCAGCGGGUUUGGAUCCCGUUCUGCAGCGCGCCGUGCCGUGGGGGGUGGCCUUCCACCAUGCCGGUCUGACGUUUGACGAACGUGACGUGUUGGAGGGAGCCUUCCGUCAGGGCACGGUCAGGGUCUUGUGCGCCACCUCCACCCUCUCGUCGGGGGUCAAUCUCCCUGCCCGCAGGGUCAUCAUUCGAACCCCGACCUUCAACGGUCACCUGCUGGACCCGCUCACGUACAAACAGAUGGCUGGACGAGCGGGAAGGAAAGGAGUGGACACCGCAGGUGAGAGCGUGCUGGUGUGCAAGGAGGCGGAGCGGCAAAAAGGUAUUAGCCUCCUCACGGGCGAGCUUCGGCCAAUCGGCAGCUGCUUGGUGAGACGGGAAGGCGAAGGCGUCACCGCCAGCAUGCUGCGAGCCAUUCUGGAGAUCAUUGCGGGAGGAGUAGCCAGCACGCCGCAGGAUGUGCGCUUGUACGCCUCGUGUUCGCUUUUGGCUGCCGGCACCAAAUGGGACAGCAAAGACGAGUCUACGGAAGAGCGCAACGAGGGGGCAAUCGAGGCCUGCGUUGAAUGGCUGAUGGACAACGAAUUUAUCAGUGUCCAAAAAGACGGACAAGAGGAGCAAUACUGUCCCACCCAACUCGGUGCCGCCACUCUGUCGUCCUCCCUCUCUCCUCCCGAGGCACUGGGAAUAUUUGCAGAUCUGCAGCGGGCUAUGAAGGCCUUUGUGCUGGAAAACGACCUGCACCUUCUCUAUCUGAUCACGCCAUUGUAUGCAGAGUGGACUACAAUCGACUGGUAUCGGUUCUUCUGCCUGUGGGAGCAGCUGUCGUCAUCCAUGAAGAGAGUGGCUGAGUUGGUGGGCGUCCAGGAGGGUUUCCUGGCUCGCUCGGUCGGGGGGAAACUUGUCGCCAAGACGGAGAAGCAGCGCAGACAAAUGGCAAUUCAUAAAAGGUUCUUCGCCACUCUCGUACUGCAGGAUCUGGUGAAAGAGGUUCCCUUGGGGGCAGUGGCGUCCAAAUACAAAUGCAACCGGGGGCAGUUGCAGUCUCUCCAGCAGUCCGCGGCCACGUACGCAGGCAUGGUGACGGUGUUCUGCGGGCGUCUGGGCUGGGGCAACAUGGAGCUGCUGCUGUCGCAGUACCAGACCCGGCUGAGCUUCGGCGUCCAACGUGAGCUCGUGGACCUGGUCAGGGUUUCCAUUCUGACUGCGACGAGGGCCCGGGCUCUCUAUGCGCAAGGCCUGCGCACUGUCGCUGAACUGGCCAGGGCUACAGUGGCCGAUGUGGAGAAAGCUCUGAGGAACGCCGUCCCAUUUAAGAGCUGUAAGCGUGCGGUGGAUGAGAGCGAAGGGGAAGCUGCGGAGCGACGGAAGCUCCGCUGCGUGUGGGUGAGCGGCGGGCGGGCGCUGACCGAGCAGGAAGCCGCCGUUGCCGUCGUAACGGAGGCCAAGCUCCUUCUUCGGGGAGAUUUGGCACGGCUGGGCAUUCGGUGGGACCCGGCGGCGCUUCCCUCUGGUGCUCGCGCUGUCCGUAUGAACGGUGGCGAUAAAGGCCAGCGAGAGGGAAAUACCGUUCAGAAAAACAAGGCGGAUGAUGACACAAUUUCACAGAAGGACAAAGGAGAACCUGGAGGAGAUAAUGGGAAAUGCAAACCCAAGAUGAUCGAUAGCGAGACAAAAUUGAAGGAGUUGAGCAAGAAAGACUUGAGUACAAGUGAAAAGGCAGGCCGUGAAGUUACUCGCCACGGCCUGAAAGAAGGGAAGAAUAAACAGAGAAAGGAGUCCAAAGCUGGUGAAAGACAAAGUGAAGAUAAGCUGGUAAAGAGAGAGCCCAGAAGCCAGGAGGUGAACAUUUUAGUGCAGGAAGGAGUCACAAGUCAGGUUUCAGGCAGACAGCCUAAUGGUCCCCUAAGAAGUGUGACACAAGAAUUGGCUGAGAUUGUGACCAGCCCGAUGCUUCAAGUCCAACAACCUCCGGAACCAGAUCUCCCCUUAAUGUCUCUUCCUCGGUUGAGACCGCCAAGUUCCAGGUUAGAAGAACUCCCGAGUGUUUGCGCCGAGACAUCAGACAUCGAUGAUGCUUCAAGGCUUGGCGUAUCGCCCGGACAGCCAGGGAAACUCAAGCAUUCGAGGAUCCUAAACAAAGUCCUUCAGUCCAUACAAAGUGACAAACGGCCACAAGACUCGACCGGGCUGACUUCACACGGCGCCGAGGUCGCUCCCGGCCUUGCUCGAGAAACUCUAACCGCGCCUACACCGCAUAAACAAGUCGACACGUGCGACUGCGCGCUAUUCUCGCCUGAGACCGAGCGAAGAAGGGUGGAGGCUCCAGAGGUGGACGGGUUUUCAUCUCCAGAGCUCUACACGGGAGAGGAUCGAAAGGAAGAAGCGCAGCCGGAGGCCAAACGCGGAGAGGAGACGUUUGGUGACAGUUUUGAAUUGGACACGCAGACCGAACGGAUAAUUGUCCAGCCAGGAUUCGACCCCAGCGACGGACUUGAUAGACGUCAGCGAGAUUUCAAUGAUGGAGGAUGUAUACAAGAUGAAGCAAUCGUAGAAGCUACUGCGGGGCAGGGUGACCAAGACGGACGACGUGGCGGACAUGACGUUCCGAACAACAAAUGCCCCGUGUUCAAUAUUUCUCUGACAGACAGCCAGAUGGAGCUCAUCUUUGACAGCAGUCAUCAGAAUUCCGCGGUCGAUGCCGACCGUCACGUGGAUGACGGCGACCGUAAAGCGGCCGCCGCUGCUGCUGUUGCGGACGAUCCGAACGGAAGCGGCAGCUUCUUGUUCGACAGCCUGUACGAGAACUCAGUGAGCCCGCACGGAACGGACUCGGACGGGUCGGCCUACGAGGAGCGAGAGGCAAGAGGCGGCCGCCCCCUCCCGUCGCCCCGGGAGAAACGGCGCAGCGAGCUCCUCGUCAACCAGGAGGCGGAGAAGCACGAAGCCGUCGAGUGGGGCGAGUCUUCGUUCAACCUGUCAGAGUGGGGCGACUCUUUGCUGGUGGGCGAGCAUUUUCUGGAGAGGCGGGAGGCCGGUCACCUGCGAGGCCUCGUUCUUCCCGAGGAGCCGCUAACCUCGCCACGAUCUCCGCUUCCCGGAGAGAGCCCACGAAGGCUGAGUGAGGGACGGAACGAGAAGGAACGGGAAGGUGAACUCCUCUACGUACCAUCACACGACGUCAUUGCAAAACAACGGCACGCCGAUGCUGCGCCUCAGAGCGGCUUUUAUUGCAGCCCUGGUCUGCAGGAAAUCUUCGAUUGCUGGCCUAGCAUGUCUGAUCAGCCUGUGCAAAACGGUACAUUGGGCCACGUGGACAAUAAUGAGCAAAUUCCGCCUUCAAACCAUCGACAGGCUCCAAAAAAGUCUCCUCCAUCCAUGCAGGGGAGGAGAAAGCCUGUCAAUACUGACUCCGAGUCAGAUUCUGUUCAGCCACAACCACCGAGAGAGGCAAGCGAGCGCGGAACACAGAGGCCGGGCUCUGCCGCAGACUCGGUACCCCCCACUCAGGAGGCCGCACCUGUAACGCACAGAAACAAACUUACCACUACGUCCGUCCGCUCGCCGCUCAGUCAGUCCACGCCCUCGGGCGUCCUGCCCGGGAAACCUGCAAAAUGCCCCACGACUAAGCUGCCAGGCGCUUUUUGUAACUCUAAAAAGGUGACGCACGAAUCAAAGCAGCACGCCGAUGUAACGUCCGCUUGCCCACGCCAGCCUCACGGAGACCAGAAGCGAAGCGUUUCUCCCGACCGCACCCCGCUGCACUCCGCUCCCCACCGCAGCGUGUCGCCGGACUCGUACGAGGGCUUCUCUCUUCAGCUCUCCCAGGAUGCAUCGCUCUCCUCCAGCAACUCGAGCGCGUUCUCCAUCAUCGACGUUUCGAGCGACAAGCGCCUCUUCCGGACGUUCGUCAAGGAGUGGAAAACGAGAGAGCGCUACUCUCUGGCUUUGGCCUGUGAAACGCUCGAACACCAGCACGAGCCAGGAGGGCAACUAGGAGGGGAACAGAAGCCGGCACACCAGAAGCUCCGCCGGGCCGAUGGUUUUCCCGUAAGAGGCGGCGACGGACUGCUGCUGAUCGGGCUGGCUGUCUGCUGGGGAGCGAGAGAUGCUUUCUACAUUUCCUUUCAGCAAAAGCAGAACAAAGGUUUGAGUUUAAGUCUCGCCCCACCGGACCUGGACGAGGGUUUGCCGGUGGGCGAGAGGCUGGAGCACGUGAAGGCCUGUCUCAGCGGGCCGUCAGCUGGCACGGUCGUCGCGUAUGACAUCAUCCGGGUGUACAAGAAGCUGCUAUUAAGCUGCGGCAUCAGCUUGGAGGGAAACUGCGAAGACCCCAAGGUGGCGUGCUGGCUGAUGGACCCCGGCGCCGAGGAGAGGACUCUGGCCAACAUGAUCACCGCCUACUGUCCGGAAGAUCACCCUCUGUUGGACGGCCUCGGGAACGCACACGCCCACUGUCCUCGCGUGAGGGCGGCGACCACGAGCGUGCUCGUACGCGCCGUCAUGAACCAUCUCACAACUCGACUAGACGAAGACGGCAUGCUCGAUUCCUUCAGGAGCGUGGAGAUGCCCUCGCAGGUGUGUCUGGCGCUGCUGGAACUCAACGGCGUGGGCUUCAGUCUAGACGAGUGUGAGAGACAGAAGCAUGUGAUGCGAGCCAAACUGGCGGCGCUGGAAUCUCAAGCGUACGAGCUGGCGGGGCACAGCUUCUCACUCACCUGCAUCGACGACGUAGCGCAGGUUUUGUUCUUCGAGCUCCAUCUGCCUCCAAACGGUGACGUGGGAGCAUCAAAAAGCAAGAAGACCCUCGGGUACACCCGCAGAGGCGGAGGCAGAGUUCGGCUCGGGAAGCAGUUCAGCACAACUAAGGACGUUCUGGAGAAGCUCCGACCUCUGCAUCCGCUCCCGGCUGUGAUACUGGAGUGGAGGAAGGUCACCAACGCUUUGACUAAAGUGGUGUUCCCGCUGCAGACGGAAAAGAAGUACCACGCCACAUUGGCCAUGCAUAGAAUCUAUCCUAUAGCUCAGACGCACACAGCUACAGGCCGAGUGAGCUUCACCGAGCCCAACAUUCAGAAUGUGCCCAAAGACUUUGACAUUUACAUGCCCGCGGCGGCGGGAGAGAGCCCGCCUUCACAAGACGGCCACUACGAGAGCAAACACGGAAAGAAGAGGCGCUCUUUGGCCCCGUCGGUUCCCGUGAGCAAGGCUGCCAAUCCGGGGCCGUCUUUCUGCGUCAGCAUGAGACACGCCUUCGUACCCUUCUCAGGCGGGAUGAUAUUGGCGGUCGAUUACUCCCAGCUGGAGUUGAGGGUGCUGGCUCACCUGUCCAAAGAUCAACGUUUGCUGAAGGUGCUGAACGGGGGCGCCGACGUGUUUCGCUCCAUCGCCGCCGAAUGGAAAAGCGUCGACCCGGACGCGGUCGACGACGACCUCCGACAGCAGGCCAAACAGAUUUGCUACGGCAUCAUUUACGGGAUGGGAGCCAAGUCUUUAGGGAAGCAGAUGGGCGUGGAGGAGAACGACGCGGCCUGCUAUAUUCAGACUUUCAAGGCCAGAUACAAAGGGAUCAACCGUUUCCUCCGAGAAACGGUGAAGAAGUGCAUCAAGGACGGUUACGUUCAGACGCUGAUGGGGCGUCGCAGAUACCUUCGUGGCAUCACCGACACAAAGCCGCACGUCAAAGCACACGCGGAGCGUCAGGCGGUCAACACAACCGUCCAGGGCUCUGCGGCAGACAUCGUCAAACGCGCCACCGUCAACAUCCACAGGCGACUGAGAAAAGCGUACCCGAAAGCGCCGCUCUCUCACCAGCACACACACGCAGACGGGCACCCUCGGAGAGGCGCACACUUGAGAGGAGCCUACUUUGUCCUGCAGCUCCACGAUGAACUCUUCUACGAAACUGCUGAGGAGAACCUCAUACAGGUGGCUCAGAUAGUGAAGAGGGAGAUGGAGUCAGCAGUAAAACUUUAUGUGAAGCUAAAAGCCAAAGUAAAAGCGGGACCCAGCUGGGGGAAUUUGCAGGACUUGGAUAUUUAAUGGACUGUUAUGUGUAGAUUGCCAUAUUUAACUACAAUAUUUUGAAUUGCAGCAUAAAGAAUGAAAUAGCAUUUUUAAAGGUAAAUGAACUGCAUGAACAUAUUUAUGUGUACACUGGCUACUUAAAAUUGUUUUAAACUAUUGAAUAGCGUCUUCACACCUGUAUUAAUGACACUGAGCAUUGUAAUUAACUAAUUUUGACAUUAGGUGUAUGUGCUUUCAGACAAAACAGAAUAGCAGGUUUAACAGCCUGAAAACUCACAUUUUUAUUGAACUACUGAUAAUAGUAUCAACAUUACUCAUUGUGUUUUGUUUUGAGAUUGUGGACAUUGACUGCAAAUCAUCAUGUGGAACAGACAUUUUUCAAUAAAACGUGUAAGGAAACGCA